GGGAUAUCAUGCGGGUUUAUCGGCUCCCCUCGCGCGAGCAGUCCAGUGCGCUCCUUGUCAUAUACGGUUUUGUUGAUUUUGAGAACAUGUGGCUGGAGGACGAAAUGCACGCACAAGAUCGAGACCUGUGGAAUCCCGUGACACUGCGCUACGCGGACAAGAAGUUUGCUUUAAUUGCUUUAUCCCUAGAUGAUCUGAAACACGCGGAGUGCGGCGGCCCAGGCGGCUACGCAGAGGCGUCCUAUCACACAUUUGUUACGUCAAAAGGCGACGCAACCGUAGAGCUGGACCUAGACGUGGAUCGAGAUCUUCUUC